CAUUAGGCGAAAAGCAAGCUCUUGAUACUCUGAGGUACUUUAAGAAGGAAAAAGAAGUGAUUACUGUGGAGGAGGAUAAUGAAGAGAAAUCAAAAAGGAAGAACAGUGUGGAGGAAGAAGAGAGGCGUUUUCAGCCAUCAUCUUCUUCUGGGAUUACUAGGUCUAACAAUUCGAGCUCGAUAAUGGUGAAUGCAUUCGAUAAGUUGUCACUGGACCAUGAGGUGAUACAUAGUGAACUUUUUUACCCUCUUACAAAGGAAGAAAUGGCAGAGGUUUCCCAUGCUUUUUCUGCAAGAAACAAGAAGAGAGUAUUGGUCUCUCACGAGAAUUCAAGCAUCGAUAUUCGAGGUGAAGUUUUGCAAUGCCUGAAACCAGACAAAUGGUUGAAUGAUGAGGUCAUUAAUCUCUAUCUUGAAUUAUUGAAAGAAAGGGAAAACAGGGAGCCAAAGAAGUUUUUGAAAUGUCAUUUCUUCAACACCUUCUUCUACAAAAAGUUAGUGAAUCCGGAGAGUGGCUAUAAUUAUAAAGCUGUCAAAAGAUGUACUUCACAAAGAAAGUUGGGGUACUGCCUGUUUGAUUGUGAUAAAAUAUUUGUACCGAUACACAAAGAUGUACAUUGGUGCUUGGCAGUUAUCAAUAAGAAAUAUCAAAAGUUCCAGUAUCUUGAUUCACUAAGAGGAAGAGAUGCUGAAGUGCUGAAUGCAUUGGCAAAUUACUUUGUUGAAGAAGUGAGGGACAAGAGUGGAGUGGACAUCGAUGUAAGCUCUUGGGAACAAGAAUAUGUUGAAGACCUUCCCACACAGAAGAAUGGGUUUGACUGCGGUAUGUUUAUGUUAAAGUAUAUCGACUUUUAUAGCAGAGGUUUAAGUCUUUGUUUCGAUCAGAAACACAUGCCCGAUUUUCGUUUAAGGACAGCCAAGGAAAUUCUGAGCUUGAAAGCCGAUUGAUUCAGCACACGAACACUCUGUGGCAUUGACAAUGUAUAGGUAUGCCUGCCCAGACCAGUGUUUUGAUGAUGUAUGUUGUGCAAGAGUUUGCUUCAACUACUCAGAUUGUUUAACAUAUAUUAUUUCUGCGAAAGACGCAUAUGCUACUGCAAUUCAAAUCCUAGGAUCGGUUCAAUUUAGCAUACAAGGCUGACCAGUUAAGUUGAAGAGUUGUCUUGGAAGUUGGAGGCUUUUGCUUGCAUCUUGUUCCAUAUACACCAUGAAAAUGUCCAUCUUCUUUCAUCAAACAUCUUCCCAUUUACAGAUAUAUGUAUAUAUGUUUGUCUGUACGU